UGUGAGCACUACUUGGGACAUUUGUUGGGCCACAGAUGCAUAAAGUGACGCGUUGAGAGAAGUUGUAUACGAAACGGAAUUUUAUAAAAUGAAUCUUAAAGUUUUGCAUAUCCAUGGAUUAAUUGUGGCAUCAUUGAGUAUGUUGACAAGUUUAACGACAAUAUUAGCUAUGGCAGCUUUGGUUAUACCACACCAGCCAGCAGAGAUUUUGGAAAACGUUGCCUAUGCGGCUAUUGGGCUAGCUGUUGGAUCUUUCAUAGCUGGAGGUUUAAUGAUUUAUGGCAUUAUAAAGAAAAGUCCCUUAUUCCUGUUACCUUGGCUGACAAUUUGUACCGCGGCAUCAUUUUUGUUGUUUAUUGCUGUCUUCGCUUGGUUUGUCCAUGUAACUGCCGGUCAUUAUGUGGCUUUUUUUUGUUUCCUAAAUUUUACAGGAAUUCUGAUCAUGAUUCUAUAUCCCAUCUACGGGUUAUUCUUUGAGAUGAGAGCACAAAAGUUUGAGAACUUGCAGUUAAUUUAAUGAAUGCCUUAAUUGGCAAACGAAAGCAGCAUUAUGCAGAAUAAAAUAUUUUAAAUGCACUAAAAUGUAUACAAAAAUAUUGUCAUAAUAAAUACCAUGGGAGUUA